CAUCUCUGGUUCUGGGAACAAUCGGCACUAGGAGCGCGUGCGCAGCUUUGUUUUAACGGUAAACCCAAGGCAUUUAGCAAUCUUCCCCCAAAGCACUCUGCACUCGACAUGGAUCUGGGCGACUCCAAGCUGCGGGCGGUCCGCGUACUGGGCCAGGGAACCUUCGGUCGAGUGUUCCUCUGCCAUCAGCAGGAGGGACGCGGUCAACCUGACCGGAGGGUGUGCGUCAAGCGGAUCAUCGUCCGAAACCCCAAAGCUGAGCUCGGACUUAUCAAGGAGGAGGUGUACAUCAUCUCGCAGCUGCGCCACCCGCACAUCGUCGAGUUCCUGCGCUCCUUUAGCCACGCGGGCACGGUUAACAUAGUGAUGGAGUACGUGCCCAAUGGAACCUUGAGGGAAGUCAUCCAGCAGCUGCGCCCGGGAACGGGAGGGGUCCAUCAGGAGCGGUUAUUGCGCUACUUCCGCGACAUGGUCGUGGGCCUGGAGUACCUGCACAUUCGCUGCGUCAUCCACCGGGACGUCAAGCCGGAGAACAUGCUCCUCGACGCCACUGACCGCGUCAAAAUCGCCGACUUUGGGAUCUCCAACGUGCAUGCGCCCAGCACCCAACUGCAGGCGGGCAUGGGUACACCCAUGUACAUGGCUCCGGAGACGAUGUCCACCCAGGGAAAGGUUGACUUCAAGUCGGACGUGUGGUCGCUGGGGCUGGUCGUCUACGAGCUGUGCCUCGGGCGCAGCCCCUUUGCCGCCCUGCUCGACAAGAACGCCACUCCAGUCCAGCUGCACGCCGUGGUUCAAGCGCUGGUCCGUCCCCGGCUCGACUGCCAGCUGAUUCGACGACUCUACGAUCCCAUGUGGGCACACGUCUGUGAGCUGAUGGUCGUAUACGAGCAGGAGCUCCGCGUCUGUCUGCCUGAUCUCUUCCACGUGGACGGCAGGAUCACUGCGGCGCUGUAUAAGCAGUACUUCAGCUACAGCUACUAGCGAAGGCUAAUUAGAAGAAAGUGUAAAGCCUGUGAUUCCCUAGAGCUGCAUAGGAAAACCUCAAAAAAUGUCAUGAUUGUACUUUUAGACUUAAGCAAUAAACUAAGUUGUGGACUGUGACCUGCGGGUGUUUAUGUUCCUACUAAGGAUUUCUUCCAUUAAAAAUUUAGAAAACCA